GAAUAUUUUUCUAACGAAUUCUUCCGGGUUUUUUCGAAAAUUUUACGUAUUGCAAGUUAAUCAUGUUUAAAAUACUUCGAAACAGUUCGAAAUGAAUUUUUUUAAUUUUUGACAGUUUGUCAAUAAAAUUUAGUUUUUAAUAAUGGAGAAAUAGAGAAAGAAAACUUGGAGAUUUUUUGGUGAAACGAAAGUGGAUUUGAAAAAUGAAAAUUUUAUUUGGACACAAAAAUAAUGGUCAGAAAAUUUUCACAGGAACUGAAAAAUGGUUGGCACAUCGUCGAAUUUUUGGAAUUCUGGCAAAAUUAAGUCAAAAGAAAGUGAAUUUUCUCCAGCAGCCAAAUUCAACGUCUUUGAAAAUUGUUAGCAAAUUAAUUGACGAUGUGGAAAAUGGCCAACCAAUUGGAAUACUGCAAAUAAUUGCUAUCAGCAAAGCACUAAAUCUACAAAUUCACGUGAGAAAUCGGAAAGAUAAUCUUAAUUUUAAAUUGGGAAAAGGCACAAAUUCGGCAAUUGAUAUUGAAUUUAAUGAUGGUCACUGGACCUUAAACAAUGGAAAAAAUCCCUUUUUGAAUCAAACCGAAAAGAACAGUUGCUGCUUCGAAGUGAUUGCGUAUCAAGUGAAUUUAUCACCGCUGGAAAUUCGAAAAAAGUGUCUCAAUGAAUUGCGAAGGCACGAAAAUUAUUAUGGGGGAAUUUUGGAUAAAUUAAGAAAAAUUCAAAAUUGGCAGGAAGUUUUAGAUUCUAUGAUUGGUGGAGCGAGGUAUCAAGGAAGAUCGCCUUAUGAUGCAGCGAGAGUGAUCGAUGAUUCCCAGAAUGGAAGAUGCCAUCCUGGUGGAUUAAAAGGCCAUCCUCGAGGACAUGCUUCGCAUCCGAGCGCAACUGGAUCUGACGAUUCGGUUGAAAAUUAUUCCAGAGGAAGUUGGAAAACGGGAUUUUUGAGCAGAAACGAUCAAAAUUAUGUUGGAAAUUUGGCAUUUAAUACAAGUUCUGCUCAAAGGGCGAUGGAAUCGUUAAAUAAUGGUUCAAAUAGUGAAGCGGUAAAUUUAAGUAUCAGAGAUUUGGGGGAAGAUGAUUUGCCUCAAGGACAGGAGUUUAGAAAUGGUUCUGCCGAUGGAAGUCCGAGAAGAAUUUCGGUUUUGACAAUAGUAUUUAGACAUCAUAUGCAACAGCAAAAUAAUAGAAUGGCCGAUGUCUUUGUUCACACUUUUUAUCCACGAUUAUAAUUUACCAAAAAAUCUCUAAAUUUUAAAAA